AUGGCUUCGGGAAACGAUGGGGAUGCAACCAACGGAAGCCAGGCUACUGGCUCCGGCCCUGCUCCUAUGUUGCCUAACCAUUUGGUUAGCCAAAAUGUGACUGCUCCCUCGAUGGUUCCUGUCAACCAUGUCGAGAAGCCCGAGAAGUUCAAUGGGUUGAACUUCAAGAUGUGGCAGCAAAAGAUGCUAUUCUACCUCACAACUCUGAACCUUUCAAGGGUUUUGACUGAAAAUGCUCCAACCCUAUCUGUGGGGGAGUCAGAUGUGCAGGCUCUCAAUGCGGUUGAUGCUUGGAAGCAUUUCGACUAUCUUUGUCGGAAUUAUAUAAUGAAUUGUCUUCAUGAUUCCCUGUAUAGUGUCUAUCAGGAGUUUAAGACGGCAAAGGAGUUAUGGGAAUCCUUGGACCGUAAAUAUAAACCAGAGUAUGCCGGUGCGAAGAAAUUUCUCGUCGGACGGUUCCUCGAUUUUAAAAUGGUCGAUUUAAGGACCGCCGAGGGGAUAGCUCUAAGUGAAUCCUUCCAAAUGGAUGUUGUCAAUGAGAAGUUGUCUCCUGGUUGGAAGGAUUUUAAGAAUUAUCUGAAGCAUAAGCGAAAGGAGAUGACAAUGGAGGAUCUUGUUGUCAAGCUUCGAAUUGAAGAAGACAAUAAGAACUCCGGAAAAGAUCUCAUCAUUCCUGCUGCUGCUAAGGUAAAUGUCAUGGAGCUCCCAAAGAGGAAAAAGGACCAUGAAGCAAACGUGGUUAAUGAGAUGGCUCGAGAUGUGGCAGACAUCAACCUAUCUGCUGUGGUUUCAGAGGUAAACCUCAUUUGGUCCAACCUGAAGGAAUGGUGGCUCGAUAUCGGUGCCACCAGACAUGUGUGCUCAAGCAGAAACCUGUUCACUGUACUCGAAUCGGUCACUGGGGAGAGGAUCUAUAUGGGAAACUCUGCCCAUUCUGAUAUUGAAGGUUAA